CUGCAGCCAGCAAGCUGGAGGUCUCCAUGCCAGCAGUGGUCGAAGUGGAGAGUGGGGGCAUGGCCAGGAUUGAGUGCAACUUCUACAUCCCUGGAAAUGGUUCCUACACCUACAUCAACUGGUCUUACGUGAAUCGACCGCAACAACCGGGUGAAGCUGUGCCGCAUCACGGCAGCGAGAUCGUGGAGGAGAACACAGACUACAAGGGGCGGCUGUCAGUGGGGGAGGACAAGGCCCUCUUCAUCAGCAGGGUGACGGUGCAGGAUGCCAGGACCUUCGUGUGCCAGGUUGGGGCGGGCAGCCAUGGCGUGGGCGAGAACCGCACUGAGCUCCAUGUCUACAAGGUCCCUGAGGCCCCUGAGAUCGUGCCCAACCCAGGAGGCAUCUCCGUGCAGAGCAGUGACAUCCCGCAGAUUGCCCGGUGCAUGAGCAGGAACAGCUUCCCACCCCCCAACAUCACGUGGCACAAGAAUGGGGAGCAGCUGCAGCUGGAGGAGAAGAUGGUGAAGAUCCCAGCCACGGUGACCCGCGAGUCAAGCGGGCUGUACACGGUGAGCAGCACCCUCUUUGCCCACGUCACCCGGGAGGACCGCAACUCCCUCUACCACUGCACUGUGCACUACUGGCUGCGGGGACAGAGGCGUGCCGUGGAGUCGCGACGAGUCAAUGUCACUCUGUGAGUCAGGGGCUGGGGGCCAUCCCUGGUGCCGUACCCCGCACAGCAUGUGAAGCUGCAGGUCAUGCCGUCCUCGACGCUGGUGAAGGAAGGGGAUGAUGUGAAGCUGGUCUGCGAGGCUGACGGGAACCCAGCGCCCGUCUUCAGCUUCUAUAAGAGAGAGCUAGAGGACAGCUGGCAGGACCUAUCAUCGCUAGCAGACACCAACAGUGGGGUGCUGAACCUGCACGAUGUGAAUAAGAGCAGCAGUGGCCUAUACAGAUGCCAGACCCUGGACUUGGAUGAUAUGGGGCAGCUAGAGAAGGAUGUGGAGCUUGUUGUGAACUACAUUGAAGGGGUCCAUGUGAAGAUGGAGCCAUCCUCACCCCUUCAGGAAGGGGAUAGUGUGAGGCUGAGCUGCAAUGCCCACAGCCCUGUGGACCUGGACUACCAGUGGAGGGAUGAGAAGGGCAGGAAGGUCGGAGAAGGGAACCAGCUCUUCCUGAGCAACCUCACCUUCGAAACCUCCAGCAACUUCAGCUGCAAGGUGAUUGCACCAAGCGUGCCGGGGCUGGAGCAGAGCAAGCAGGUGGCCGUGGCUGUUCAGGGGAAGCCACGGAUCGUUGCCAUCAGCUCCCCACUGUACGUGCGGCAGGACGAGGUGGUGAACCUGACCUGCAAGGCCAUCGCAUUCCCCAGGCCCUCUGUCCACUGGAAUGUCAAUGGGACGGCUCACGAGUAUGUUGAAAAUCAGCACAUCGCCAGCAACCUGACGGUGCGCGUGAACCACGACCUGCUGCGGGCAGGAGCCAUGUGCAGGGUCUCCAACGCGCUGGGUGUCAGCGAGAAGCACAUCCAGCUGCUGGAUCAAAAGACACCAGAGAGCAAAGGGGUGAUUAUUGUGGCGAUCAUCGUCUGCAUCCUCGUGGUGGCCGUGCUGGGGUCUGUCAUCUACUUCCUGCACAAGAAAGGCAAGAUCCCGUGUGGCCGCGCUGGGAAACAGGACAUCACAAAGCCAGAGGCACGUAAAGACAAGAUUGUAGUUGAAGUUAAGUCAGAUAAACUUUCCGAAGAAGCGGGGCUCCUGCAGG